UUCCCCGGGAUUGGCAGGUUUUAUUAUUCCGCCUGAACAAGCCGGGGGCGGAUUGGCUGCGGCGGGGCGGGCGGCGGGGCCGGCCCGGAGUGUAGUUGGGAUUGCGCCCUGUCAGUAACACAUGUGCGAGGGGCAGCGGCCGCACACGCACGCGGGCUCACGCGCGCUCACACCCGCUCGCACACCCGCGCGCGGCGGGGACACGCGCGCCCACGCGCGGCCGCCCCCCCCCCCGGCGCGCCCUGCCCUGCUCCGCUCCGCUCCUCUCCUCUCCUCCUCUCCGCAGCCGCCCGGCUCGGCUCGGCUCGGCGGGGAGCUCGGCAGCCGGCGGAGGGGGCGGGGGGGAGGCGAUACAAAGUGAAGCCACAUUGCCAAACUUACCCGGCGAUUGCGGCAGCCGGCGGCGGCGGCGCCCUGCGUGUGCGGCUCCGGCGGCGGGGGGCUGAGCUCUGCGGCUCUCCCCUCCGGGGAAGCGGGAGCCGCAGGGAGCACCGCGGGCAGCCGCCCCUCGUAGCGGCAGCGGCGCUCGUCCGGCCCGGGCUGCCGCUCCCCGGGCUGGGGGCUCCCUCCGGAGCAGAGCCGCAGCGCGGGCGAGCGAGCGCGGCGCUGGUUCCCUCGCACGGCGGCAGCCUCCGCGGUGACCCCGAGCGACGCCGCUCCCGGCCUCUGGCAAUAUAGAGGGGAAGCAGGCCAUGGUGAACCCUGGCGGCAGCUCGCAGCCGCCCCCGGUGACGGCGGGCUCCCUCUCGUGGAAGAGGUGCGCCGGCUGCGGGGGGAAGAUCGCCGACCGCUUCCUGCUCUACGCCAUGGACAGCUACUGGCACAGCCGCUGCCUCAAGUGCUCCUGCUGCCAGGCCCAGCUGGGGGACAUCGGCACGUCCUGCUACACCAAGAGCGGCAUGAUCCUCUGCAGGAACGACUACAUCAGGUUAUUUGGAAAUAGCGGUGCUUGCAGUGCCUGUGGACAGUCCAUUCCUGCUAGUGAGCUGGUCAUGAGGGCACAGGGCAACGUCUAUCAUCUUAAGUGUUUUACAUGCUCUACCUGCCGGAAUCGCCUGGUCCCGGGAGAUCGGUUUCACUACAUCAAUGGCAGUUUAUUUUGUGAACAUGAUAGACCUACAGCUCUCAUCAAUGGCCAUUUGAAUUCACUUCAGAGUAAUCCACUACUGCCAGACCAGAAGGUCUGCUAAAAGGUCAGAGUAAUGCAGAAUGCGUGCCUUCAUCUCAAAUUUUGUUCAUCACAGAUGGAUCCCAUGUCUCCAAGUAGACAAGUCACCUUUGUAGCUAGCAUCAGUGCCAGCUCCAUACCAUUGCACCUUCUUUAUUCUUGAUUGCCCUUCCCACAUUUAUUGGUGUAUUAAAAUGACUGAAUAUGAACAUUAAGGACUCCAUGAACCUGGGCUAAUGGGAGACUGUAGAGAAAAUGAAAAAAGAUCCACCGGAGGACAUCUUUGGGGGGGCGGGUGGGGAAGAUGACUAAUGAAGCUAAUUAAAAGAAGCAUUGAAAUCUGCUUUCUACCCUCAUUAACAAUUAGCAGGGCACUGGCCAGUUUGUACCCUGUGUUUUACCUUAACAACAUUCUAUUUGCUCUUUGUAUAUUUAAGUGUUGUAAGGAAAUGUGUUUCAAUCAAACUGAACAUGAGAUAAAGGAAAGAUGUGGCUUUUGUGAUAUUCUAUCACAAACACUUUUAUUGUAUCUCUGUAAAAUACAAUGUAUGUAUGCAUGUAAGUGUUUUUGUCCUAAUGUUGCUACUUCCCAUGGCAAAAAAAAAAUGAGAAAAAGGAAAAAAAAAAGUCAGGCUCAUAGCAGCUACUGUGUAGAAAUUUUCACCUACUUCUAAUUUGCUGAAUGAAGAAAAAUCUUUUAUUUGUGAUAUUUUCAGAGACAUUUGCUCUAGUAUGGUGUAUUUAAAUAAUAAAAAAGUAAAACAAAAAACACUGAAUUGAGUAUGGGUUUUAAAAACUUUGCUUUUUUUUUUUUAAAAAAAAAAACUACAUUCAAAACAUUACUCUGAAACUAAAUCUUACAUAGUCAUUACCUUAAUUAUCAGUUACCUUUAAAAGUAGCUUUUUUUUUCUUUUUUGUCUUAUGCCAGUAAAAAACCUGUUAAACUACUACUGUGUUACUCUUGGCAAGGAUACAGAGCACUGCUUCAAAAUGAUCUUUAUUUUUCAAUGAGAUUCUUACUUCUGGUAACAAACAAAUAUAUUACAGUUCAUAUUGCAGUGAAUUAUGGUAUGUAUUAUAGGUAUUGUGGUCUCUUUCUAUCCAGUUCUUUCCUGCAGAACUGUUAGGGGUAUGCAUGUGUCUGUGAGAGUGCAAACAUGAGUGUGUAUGUAUACACCUUAAGAGGUCAAAGAGUAAUAAUAAAAAUAAAAGCAACAAAAGGGCUGUACUUCAUGCUGAGCAAUAGAAUUGAGUAUUCAUAAAAAGGGAUACAAUAGCUAUUCUGAUCUGAACAACAUAAAGUUGAGUGUGUUGUGGCAAGAGACUUUUUAAAACUGAUAAGGAAAAAAAAAAACACACUUCCUGGACUAUUUCCGAGAGCAAACUGAUCUCAGACAUGAUCUGUCCUCUGGAAGGAAAAAAACAAAAAGCAAGAAAACUUCCUCUAAGCUUAGGAAGGGAACAACUUCAUUUACUUCAGCUACUUAUUGGUAGACCUGUGUAGAGUAACUUUUGAGAAAAAAAAAAUCCCCACUCUUCAUUCUUAUUGCAAGAAUACUAACCUGAAUCUAUGACUGUGCAUUGAAUGCCUUCAAUCAGGAAACGGCAAGCACCUAGAAUGUGUGCUGCAAUUCAUAGCAAAUCAAUAUUACCAACUAUUUGGCUUUUAUCGGAGACUAAUACAUUUGAAAUACAUCAUCAUUAUGUUUUCUUUUUUAAUUCUGUUUUCAAGGAGAUGUUCACUGUUUAGCUUUGUUUGGUUACGGAGUGAACUUGACUUACUGUUGUUGUGAUGCUGAUAUGCAAAAAGCUGAAUUAUAGAUUUGUCUGUCUAAACCAACAGCAGAUCUUUUAUUUUUUUCAGAACUUACUUCUUGAUCUCUAGUAUAUUGGAGGUCUGAACUUCUUCUUCCACACUUCAGUGCCUGAUCAAAAAUUGGACUGUUGCAGAGAAAAGAAAAUGAUGAUGUAGUGUACAGUAUCAGACAGUAAAGACAAAAGAACACGCGCAUAACAUAAAGUAAUAAAACUACUGAAGCUA